GAUAAGAUAUUAAUAUUAAUUUUGUUGAUAUAUGAGCUUUGUUAUACAUAAAAAAAUGUCCUGCCAACAUAAUAUAAUGCGUGAGAAAAUAUUGUUCCGCAUUUUAAAAACUAGAGGCUGUGAUGCAUCCGCUCUAUGUGAUAAAAUGAAAUUUAAUAUUAAGAAUAUAACGAUACUGACAGAAGAAGAGUUAUGUGAAUUAUGGUAUCAUGUGAAAGUUAUAUUAUUAAAAAUACAAAAGAAGUUUAUAUUACAAUCAGAUAACGCACAUUCCAAAGAUAAACAAGAAGCAUUAAAUUUGAUACGCAUAAUAACGGCAAUGGCUUUGGAAACGUUGCUACAAAAAACAUUUUUUCCAAACAUAUUGCUUGAAAUUGUAUUAAUACUUCAUUCGGUCAUAUUACCGGAAAUCAAUAAUACAAAGGUAAAAGAUGAAAUAUCUCACCUUCUAGAAAGUUGGUGGAAAUCUAAUAUGAUAUGGAAAGAAAAAGUAAUAAUAAAUGUUAUAAAACAUUUGAUUAUUAAAUCCAAAAUUUCAUCGCAACAUGUCAAACGAUUAUAUAAAAUAAGAUCUGCGCUAAGUUUGAUAAAGCAUAAUAAGGAUAUACAAAUAUUAGUCGAAUUGUCUAAGAAUACAAACAUUAUUUCCAUGCAGGAAGGAAAAGCUAUUUUGUUAAAAUUAUUUACACUAGGAGAAGAAUUCAUAACGGGAAUUCAUAAUAAUGUUAAAGCGGUACUUGAAAAUGCUGAAUCCGAAGUGAUUAAAGAAUAUGCAAAUUUGUAUGCUGAAGCAUGGUUGGGUGCAACGAAUAAAAAUAAGAAAGUGAUAAUCGAUAAAUGUUUAAAAAAUAUUAUCUUUCAUUGUCUAAGAUCGCGUAGAGAUUUUAUUGGACGAGAUAAACUUGGAACGAAUUUACUCUUAUUCUUAGAAGCUUUACAUAGUUCUAAAAGUAAUACGAUAAAAAACAUGUUGCACGAUCAAUACAAUAGUUUAUUGUGGACACAUUUGAAGGCAUCCGGAUCUUGUGUCAGAUGCAACACGGCUGAAGUUUUGUUUAUUAUUUUUUCGGUGCAACCAAUACGUUGCAAGAAUAAUAUAAAUAUCUUUCAACAUUACUCGAAAGCUAUUUCUUAUCUUUUGAAAGAUACUGAUCUACAAGUGUGCCUUAUAACCAUUAAUAUUACUUGUAAAAUAUUGGAAAAUAAUUGGAAACAAAUACCACCAAAUAUUACUAAACAUUGGCUAGAUAUUUUAUCGUAUCAUAUGUUAAACAAAUCAUCUUCUGAAAUUAAAUUGAAUAUCUUAAAGGGUAUUAAACAAAUGGUAUCCAAUAAACAUUCUCAUACGAGUUUACAAAGUUUAUUAAGUAACUUUGCUAAUAAUAUUUAUUACGCGGGAACAAACGUAAUCAAAUGUUUUAAUAAACUUCUCGUAUAUCUUGAAAAUAAUAUCGGCAUUUUGGUUUCGGAUAUUAUUGAUAUAAAUAAAUUAUUAAAAUGUAUUGAGGAUACCAAUGAGCAAAAACUGUUACAACAAUUAAUCAAAUUAUUGUGUUUGUGGAUAAAACUGCAUAAUUUAAAUAACGACAAUGUUGUAAAAGAAAUCAUCUAUAUCGGAGUAAAAAACAUAACAGCAACAAGAAAAUUUCUUUUUUAUUCUAAGCAUAUCAUUCUUUGGAAUGACGCUUGUAAACUUAUAAAUAUUAUAUUAAUGAAAAUCGAAAAACAAAUAAAUAGUUUGUUGAACGACAACGAUGAACAACCUAACACUAAGCCUAAUAAAAGAUUUAAAAGGAACAAUCAUAAAUCACGUAAUGCUAAAUCUAUCGAAGAUAUAAUUAACGAUGAAGUUGAUGCAUCCGAAUCGAUUAAAAUAUUACUCGAAGUAAUUUCUAUAAUACUGUACGCAAAUAAAAAAAAUUUUACAGAAGAAUACUUUGACAAAGAAGAAGGGAAAGAUUUGCAACGAGUACUUACGAAUAUUCUUCCACAAAUUGUCUGUUCUUAUGUUGUACAGAAAUCGACUUGCAACGAGUCCAUUUUAUUUCUACUUUCAUUCGUUCCUGUUACGACGAUGAACAAUCCAAAUGAUAUUUGUAAAACUGUUGCAAAACAAUUAUCAAAUCCUAAUAUUUCUGAUGAUACGUUGGUCACAAUUUUAUAUACGUUAAUGAAAUGGAACAAAGUCGAUAUGAUUUUUACGUUAUUAAAAGAAUUUAUAACAAAAUGUACAAAUGCAACGACAGAUGAACAAGAAAACAAUAAUGUUAUAAAAGAACAAGAACAAACAAUAACGUUAAGUAUAAAAAUACUUAAACAAUUAUUGAAUAUCGAUUUCCAAGAAGAAUUGUUAACUACUUAUUAUGAAGACUUAGUUAACAUCUGGAAUGAUUUACGUGUUAUACUACGUCACGUGGAAAGUAGAUUAAAAUGUUCGGAUAAAUUGUAUAAUUUAAUGGACGAAAAUGUUUUCAUCGAUCUUUUCAAUGAUUAUUUAUCGAUGAUAUUUAUUUUAUCGAAAAUUGACGUUUACGAUAUUUCUGAGUGUUUUCAAAAUAUAUUAUUAUGGAUCGAAGAAAAAGUGAUAUCGCAAAUGCCUACGAUGGAGAAACGUAAAACACAUAAAUUUCCUAUAAUUAUAUUAAAGAUAGUCAUUAACGUAUGCAAUUCGAUGAUAAACGAGUGUCAACUGUCUACAAAGAUAUGUUCAAGAAUUAUAAUCCUUUAUUUGAAAACCGUUAUAUCAUCCGUUGGUAUAAUUUUUCUGGAAGAUGCUUUUAAAGCGAUCAUAGCUUUAUUAAAUUUCAAUAAAAUUCAAUACGACAAUAAAGAUUCUAAUUUAUUAAAUACUAUUCUACCAAAGUUCUUAUCCACUGUUAUGAUAUCUUUUAAUAAAUAUACAGAAGAUGUUAUAAUUUCGUAUACAAAUAAUUUUGAAAUAUUCGCUCUGGUAAUAGAAAAAUACUUUGAAACCGUCGAAUCUACGUACAGUGAUCCAGAAAUGCAUGCUAUGUAUUUGACUAUCAUAUUAAAUACAGCUAUCGAUAAUAUAAGUAAAGAAAUCAAUGAUAAUGCUAAAAAACAUUCUAUGGAUAUAUUGAAAAUUAAAUUUCCAUAUCUUGCUGAUAAGAUUUUAAAGUUAACGUUGUAUGUUAACAAAUAUCAAGAUGCGUGCUUAUUUUCUAUUAAACAAGCUGUAAUACAUUACAAAGAAGCCAAUAUACUUGCGACGUUACUGAUAAUAAAUGAAAUGUUUCAUUUGCCAAUUAAAUCCAUGAAAAAAUUACGAGACGUUACAAACGUAAUUAAAUUAAAAUACGAAAAACAAUGUGAUCUUACCGUCCAUAAUAGAUUUAUUGUCGACGCAAUAAAAGCAAUCAUUAAUACGAUAGAAAGUAAUUUCUAAGAAAAAAGAAAAAAUCAACAAAGAAAUAUAUAUAUAUACAUAUAUAUAAAAUAAUUUGUUGUUCAUCUUUUUUCAAUAUAGAAUAUUGACUACGAUGAAAAUAUUUUUAUACUUAAAUAUAUAUAUAUCAUUAAGAAUUUUCUACGAAUAAAAA